AUGUCCGCACUCAGUAAACUCCUCACGUGGGUCGUCGCCCUGGCCGUCGUCUCCGUCGUCACCGCAUCUGGGAACAAUAUCCCGGAAAUGGUCCCCCGAACUUUGACCAGUGCAGACGGAACCAUCUCGACGAUCCUCGUCAACCGCAAGCUCCAGUACACACGGGGCUCGGAGGGAACGCGGCCAGUCCGCCUGACGAAGCGCUUCCCGUUCUCCGCCGGCAGGGACGAGUGGUGCGGCGAGGUAGCCCAGGACCCCGCCACGAACUACUCGCCGUCGGCGCCUUCGGCCGCGGACUGCAAGGCCAUCGUCAGAUCCCUGGACAACGAGAACGGCUUCUGGACGCUGCAGCCCGGCGACUUUGGUAGCGACGGCUGGGCUCACAUUGUGAGCUCGGGCACGUGCAGCUUCGCGGUGAGGCAUACCGACCCCGGCAGCGCGGGGAACCAGGUGAUAAUCGGCACGAACGACGUUCGAUUCUACACGAACAGGUACGCGGUGCUGGAGAAGGACGGGAAGCUGGGGUUGCAAGCGAUGGUUCAGUGCUACAACGAUCAGAGGAUGCUGAGCAUAAUUUGGGGAUUAGUUCACAGCUGA